UAUGGUUCGGUAGUAGAUUAUAGAAUGCGGGGAGGUGUGGCAGAUGGUAAGGGACGCUCCUGCGCCACGACUACUGCCACGAUGGCCGAGGAAUCUGAUACAAACGGUGAAGCAGCGAUGGAAAACAUAGCGCAAAAUAUCCUGGAGGUCAGUGCCGGAGAUGGGUCUGCAGAGAACGAAGUAGGUGCACUUGAAUUUCAAGCAUCGCAGGUUAUCUCGCGGCUUGAGGAAGCUGUUGAGAGGGCUGCUGAUGGAGGUGGCACUACCUGGAAUAACCCUUCGGGAUUUUUAUCUCAUCCAAAGAAUCCUGAAGAAAUUUUGGCCUUGAUUCAGGACUUAGUAAUUCAUGAAGAUGCACCACAGUCUCUGGAAGAUGGUUCUAAUGAAACAGCACCCAGUCAAAUGACAGCGGUACCUCUCCUGACAGAUGCAGCUAAGCUUUCCUUGAUUGCACACUCUGUUUCUGCUUAUGCUGUCGCACUUCCUAGAUCGCAUACUCAGAGGUUAGCAGGUCGACUUGCUGCAGAUACAACUAGAUGGCUCAGUCAUAUAUUCAGAUUUGUUGACUGUGCAUCCUCUUUCCAUGAGGACCAUCUAGAGGGAUUGGUGCGUGUAGCCAGGUUGGCUUUACACAGAAAGUAUCCUAGAUAUAUUGAAGAAGGUUUCACUGCACUUACAUCAUCUCCACCACUUAUAUAUAGCUCAGUUGCAGCACCACUUGGCGUAGUGCAACAUUUAUGCAGACAGCUUUCGUUACCAUUGCAUUGUGUUAGACCGGUUCCACAGAAUACAAUGUUUGGAUCCAGGCAUAGCAUGGAUAUUUCAGCUCUAGAACGUCGACUUGCAGAAGACAGUCAGUCAAAUAGUGUCACACCACUCUUAGUCCUCGCAGAAGCUGGGUCGGUUCUAACAGGGCACUGUGACAACAUCACAAGACUUCGUGAAAUUUGUGACAAGUAUAAUGUCUGGUUACAUCUUCGAGGACAUUCAUUGGCUGCAUUAACAUUAAAUAAUUCUACCAAGGAUUUGCCUUCAAAAAUAGCAGAUAGCAUAACACUGCCUCUUGGUGUCUGGUUAGGUAUACCAUCUUUACCAGUAGUUACACUCUAUAGGUUAACGGACACAAAAGGAGGUCGACCUACCCCAAGAGACACUACUCUGUCAUUAGUGUCUGGUUUAAUGGCAGAUUCAUUAUCUAGACGGUUGCCAACACUGCCAUUGUGGGCUGCAUUGCAGGCUCUAGGACGCGAUGGCAUACAAGACAGAUUCAAACAAUGCUUUUUAGCUGUGGAAGAGCUUUACAAUAAAAUAAAAAAGUUUUCUUGCAUCAAACUUCUGAGUCAAACUCCUGGUGGUGAAAAUGGGUCCUACACCAUUAACGACCUUUUAACAAAUCCUAUGAGCAACCCUCAGGUAUUUGAAAUUGUAGCAAGUGCCCUAGUGUUUCAAUUUAUACCAGCUGAUCGGGACCCUCAAACCAUUGAACGGGUUCCGCCUUAUUAUGACAAACUCAAUUCCUGGCUGGGUCAGAUACUCCAAAGGGACAUUGAAAGUAUGCAGAUAGAGCUAUGUGAAAUCGAACAGCAUGGUGUAGCGAUACGAAUAUGUCCUCUAGAGAACCCUGAGAAGCCACCUACUUCCGAAGACAUUGACAAUCUCAUUGCCAGUUUAGAGCAGCAAAUAGAAAUAUUACUAGCUACAGUGGAGCACAAAGAAACUUUCGUACGGUUAGUGUCCGAGAAUGAUUCUCUACAUUUGGUGGAUAUGCCAAGAUGGGCAGGUCUAGGUGGAGUGCGUUACGCUCCGCCAACCUGGGUGCAUGUAAUGACUGAUCAGGCCAAAGAGGAGCUUAAUAGAUUAAAUACCCAACUGGUGGAAGCUUUGAGAAGUACGGAUGCUGCAUUUUCUUUGGGAGAAGGUGCUGAUGGGUUGGCAUGUGUUCGAUUUGGAAUGGUUACGCAGGACACAGAUGUGCCAGAGCUACUGUCCUUGGUACUGCAAGUGGGUCAGGAAGUAGAAGCCAGUUCAAAGUUACUUGACACAAUGUCGGAAGUCGUAAAACGAGGUAUAGAAGCAGCCCAAACGGACCUAGAGCGUGAGAAUGCUGAGAAACUCUGGCAGGAAGGGAUACUAAGGCAUGUACCGGUGGUGGGUUCACUGGUGAACUGGUGGAGUCCACCUUCUAAGGAAGGUGGUGUUCGUGGCCGUAGUUUGAACUUGCAAGCCGGUGUGGUAGAAAGUACAGAAAACAUUUACAAGUACCACAUGCAAUUGCAACCAAAUUCCACAAGUAGUAAUGGUUCCGGUGCCAGAACACCACCACAACCAUUGGUCCAAACUCCAGUGGGUGCAGGAAGUCAGAGCCAUAGCCGAUCCUCGAGUCAUUCCAGUUUACAAAGUGGAAAGAGUAUGGCAGUGGGAACGAGUAUUGCCACUCUAAAGCCCCUGGUUAAAGAGGAGACUGGAGAGGUCACGUCGUAGUGUGACCUCUUUUCAAUAAUUAUUGUCUUCGGGAAUAUCCGAGAAAAGUAUUUACCGUCGAUUCAGCUUCCUUCGGUAGCUUGAUUCGAGUUAGGCAAACGUUUUUCUUGAGGGUCGAGGAAUUACAAUUAAAUGCUCUUCUUUUGGGUGAACAGAUCCUGAGUAAUGCCGGCACUACUCAGUGAACUCCUAAACUCAAUUGAGAGAAUCAUCGAUGGUGACAAAGUGAGCUUAGGACGAUUCAAUUUCCUGUGCCAAUGAACACCAAAGUGCAGUGCUCAUUGAUUGUUUCCCUUAAAUAUAUGAUUACACAGAGGUACUUAGGUGAGUUCCAUUUAAAGUUAUGAUCUCGCCAACAUGAAAUAAUAUUAAGUCUGUCAAGCACAAUAGAGAUCAACUUGGAACGAGAAAAAUUCUCUUACGACAAAUCCACCAUAUGAAUGCUAAAUAAACGCGCGGGAGUCAACUUUUCACCUUAAUCUUAGAAUAAUACACCACGAGAACAUUAAGAAGAUAAAGAAAAUAAAUAAAGAAGGAAUACCUGUUGAACUUUCACGCUAUUAUUCAAGAGCACAAGGUAUAUGAUGCUUCAAUAAUAAUGAUAUGUGAUAAAGAAAUAUGAUGCGACAAGUGAUUUUGCUUCAAGUAUUAAGAAUGACAUUGUCAGAAGGAACGAGUAAACGAGAAAUUAGAAUUUCAUUCGAAUUCCGAUUUGCUAACGGAACCGAUUAAAUAAUUGCUAACUAGAAAAAGAAAAAAUUUAUCCCGUCAACAAAGAGAACUACGUUUAGUCUUUUCCAUCUUUUGUUGCUUUUGCGACAUGGAAACAAAAUUACGUCACUAUUCGUCCUUAAGACUUACCCAGUUAUAUUUCAUAUUGGCUUGUUAAAAGUCAAAACUAUUUCUACGUUAGUCGCACGUAUUUUGUGAAUUUCAAAAACGUGUCCUAGUAAUAAAAGAAAAAUUAAUUAUAGUUUUAACAAAUUUUAAUUAACGUUUACGUCGCUUGCGAUAAUUCACAGAAACACAAACACACACACACACAUUGUUGACAGGAACCUAAGAGUAAGGUAAAUUAAGCUCGUAUGUAUAUUUAUGUACCGAACUGUUGUAAUAAAGUAUUGCUACCGAAUAAAAAAGAGAAAGGAUA